AUGCCCCUUGAAAAUGAAUCCAUACAAAAUAAUAAUUCUAUACCUCAAGAAAAUCAUUUUAAUAAUUGUAUUCCUCUUGCUACAGCUCUUACUUCAUUCCAAGAUUCUGCUCUUAAAUUUACAAUAUCACUAAUCAGUAAUAAUAAUUUUUCUAGAAAAAAUGCUUUUGAUAUUCAAAGAGGUAUAGAAGAAAGCUUAAUAAAACCAUUGGUGAAUUUACUGAAUGAUUUUCUUAAAGAUACAAUUGAAUUGCCUGCAAUGCUAUCACAAUUUAAUAAAAUUACAUCAAUAUUAUCAAAUCCAUUUGAAUGGUGUAAUUCUGAAUAUAAGUUAAAUAAUUGGUUGUCUGAAAACAACUUGUACGAAGAAGCAUUGUACGAUUGUACAAUUUAA